AUGAACGUGCAACACAUAAAGACCAUUUCAUCUUCCUCCUCAGAGGAUGAACGAAUUUCCAUUAUCAAAUCAGAGAAAGCCUCUUCAUCAUCAGCAUCACGUAGAAAAGUAAUUUUAGGAAUUUCCAUCACAAUGAUUAUUCUGGUGAUUUGUUUGAUUGUUUUGGGAGUAAUUGUGAUGGCUAUUUGUUUUGGAGUUGGUUCAUAUGUGUGGGAUUUAGCAUUUGGAACUGAUAAAGCAGAGGAUUGUCCGAAUAGUGUGAGACAGAACAGACCUUGGAAUUUUACUGUGGCCGAUGCUGAUUAUUGUCCUCCCUUGGUUGAUUCCUAUAAUUAUUCAUUGUUGAAGAAUGUUUAUUUGAAUUAUGAUGAAAUUAAACCAUAUUUUGAGGAGGUUACAUUUAAAUCGAGAGAUACUGAGUGGGUUGCAAGUGGAAGUGGAAAUAUUGUUGGAAAUUUGGUGUUACAACCAGUUGUGAAUGAAACGAGUCGUUUUGUGAUUGUUGUGCACGGAUAUCAAUGUUGUAGAUUUACGUAUGCAAGUGUUGAGCCAGCUGCCAUGCUCUAUAGAAAUGGAUUCAAUGUCUUGUAUAUUGAUUUGAGAAAUUAUGGAGAUUCUGAUAUUUAUGCUCCAAAUCCAUACGCUUCAUAUGGUUAUUAUGAACAUCGUGAUGUUUUGGGAGCUUUGGAUUAUUUGGAGAGUAGAUUUAAAUUCCUAAAGAAUGCUUCACAACCAAGAGUGGCUGUUUUUGGAACUUCAAUGGGAGCUGCAACCUCAUUGAUUGCCUUCUCACAAGAGAAGAGAUUCAAAAUGGUAUUUGCCGAUUCACCACCUUGUAACGUGUACGAAACAAUAAUGUUUGGAGCUGAACAAAUUGCUCCUGGCAUGUCGGGUGCCCUUUUUAAUUUAGCCAAAUCAGUAGUUGCAAUUAAGGGAACUCAAGGAUUUCCACCAUUCCCUCUCGAUCCUCAAACAUGCAUGAAAACUGUUGACCUAUCAGGAGAGAGAAGAAUAUUCUUCUUCCAAGGUUCAUCAGAUUAUGUAGUUCCAGAAUUCAAUUAUUAUCAAUGUAUUGAAGCAGCUACCGCCAGUGCCAAAUCUCAGAACGUAAACAUUACAGAAAAGAUCAAUUCACACUUGUUUGAAGUGGAUUAUUCCAAGAUUAGUGGAAGAGGAGUUGAUUUUUGUGAUGGACACCUGGUGCCAAUGUAUGUCGAUCCUGCAGGAUAUGAAAAGAUAAUGAUUGGAUUUUUCAAAGAUUUGUAG